GAGAUUUUAUGUAUUGUUAAAAUAUUGAGGAAAAUAAAUAAAUAAAUAAUUAAAUAUCGAUAGUUGACAAAUAACAAUAAUUUACAUAAAAUUAAUAGGUAUAAUCUCCAUUUCUGAUGAAUUAAAAAUAAGAUUCUUAAUAUCCAUCUUCAGCAAGCGAUUAUAAGCUCAUUUCAGGUCUUGGCAGCGGAUAUUUUGGUAUUGUUUGGAAAGUAUAGGUUCUGACAGGACCCCAUAAGGGUGAGUUUGUUGCUGUCAAAAAAAUAGAUAUGGAUAAGCAAACAGAUAGCAAAAUGGAUGAAAUCAGAAAAAAAAUGUUGCUUCUUAAUGUACUUAAUCAUCCUAGUUUAUUACCAUAUAAAAUAGCAUUCGUUACAGGAAAAGAACUUUGGGUUGUUUUUAGCAUAAUGGAUGGAGGCUCUAUGGAGCUUCUACUAAAGAACAUGUAUACUUAAGGCAUAAAGGAUAUCAAUUUAUUAGCAACUAUAAUAAAGGAAACAUUAUUAGGAAUUGAAUAUUUGCAUUAAAACAAUUAAAUUCAUAGAGAUAUUAAGUCAGCGAAUAUACUACUUGAUUCUGAAGGAAAAAUAGCUCUUUCAGACUUUGGUCUAACUACUAAGCUAAAAAAAAAUAAAAAACACAACACAGCUGUAGGAUCAGUUUGUUGGAUGGCUCCAGAAGUCCUCGAUGACAAUAUAUUUUACGAUACCAAAGCUGAUAUUUGGUCUUUAGGUAUUACUGCAUAUGAAUUAGCUUAUGGAAAACCUCCCCAUUCAGAAUGCCCUACAAUAAAGGCUGUUUUGAAUAUUUUGAAUGAAGAUCCACCUAGGUUAAAUAAAGAAGACGGUUGGGAAGAUUCUUUUUAGGAGUUUAUUGAGGCUUGCUUACAAAAGGAACCAGCUCACAGAAAAACUGCUACAGAAUUACUCUAAAUGAAGUUCUUUAAGCUAGCAAAAAACAAAGAAUAUAUUAAAGAAAAGAUAAUCAAAAAAUUAGAUCCAUUAGAUAAAAGAAUUGAUCCAUAAGUAAAGACAAUGGCAGAAUAGGAAUUAAAGACUAGUAAAUCAGUAUCUCAAAACAAAAUAUAAUGGGAUUUCACAGAAUCUACUGAAAAUCCUGAUUACAUGGGAGAUUUAGAUACUCAAGAAGGAGAUUCAAAAAUUAAUAAAAAAAUGUAAUAGUUUAAUGCACAUAGAAAUGACUUAGCCUCUAAAUAAAAUGGAGAGAAGCCAAAUUAAAAAAAAUGUAGCGAAAAUUAUGAUGAGUUUUAGUUAGGAGAAGAAGAAAAAUGAAUAAAAAAAUCCUUGUUAUAAUUAUUAAUUAUGUUUAUAUAAUGUAUUUAUUUUCUAUCUAUAUUUUUUCCCUUUUCAAAAAUAAAACAAAUAAUAAAUUAUUUAUGUAGCUAGUUAACUAUAGACAAUCUAAUUUCUUCAAAAUAAAUAUGACCUA